ACGAGCAGGAACAGGCGCUCAGGAGACACUCACUAUGCUGGAGAUUGUUUGAAGCCGCGAUGGGAGUUAACGCAUCCAAGUUUCUAGAGUUCCUGUUAGCAGCGCCGUUGCACUAAACAAAAGACUUUGGGUUUCUCCGGUUUUCUCUCGCUCUCUCUCUCUCUCUCUCUCUGAGGGGGCUUGUCUGCAUUUUUGUCCGAGGCGUUUCUCGCACAGGAUGUUGAUGAUAUUGGAAAGCCGGGUAAGAUAAAGUCAGUUCUCUCUGAUGAGAACGACCUCCUCCUCCUCCUCCUCCUCUUCACCACCACUACACAAAGGGAACCACGGAACAAGUACUUUUUUUUUCUUCCUACACGCCAUCAUUUUUUAUUUUUUGAAUGUCAUUAAGAAGCAGAGGGGGCUGUUUCAAAGACAAAAUGGAUCACUUUGCAGCAGAGUGCCUUGUUUCAAUGUCCAGUCGUGCAAUUGUUCACGCUCCUAAAGGGAAUAGGGAGAUUAAACCAGAAAUCCCGUCCUCCUCCAAGAACGGAGAGGAAAUUAAGGAGCCUCUGGUGAAGGAGAACUCCUCUCUUUUUGUGGUGGCGCGGAUUCUGGCGGAUUUUAACCAGCAGACUCCCAACUGUGGUGCCGAGCAGGCAAAAAUAAAGGAUGAGAGCAUGCCGAACCUCAUAGAUGAUGGAAACUCUGCCACACCUACCACCAUCUCCGAUCCUUCGCUCAAACAAAGAGGCAAAAGAUCGAGAGGUCGGACUGAGCAAGAAUCACCUCAGAAAAAGCACAAAUGCCACUAUUCAGGUUGUGAAAAAGUUUAUGGCAAAUCAUCCCACCUCAAAGCCCACCUAAGGACACACACAGGAGAGCGACCUUUCCCAUGUACCUGGCCUGACUGCAGUAAGAAGUUCGCCCGCUCCGAUGAGCUCGCCCGCCACUAUCGCACCCACACGGGGGAGAAGAAGUUCGGCUGCCCUCUCUGCGACAAGCGCUUCAUGCGCAGCGACCACCUGAUGAAGCACGCCCGGCGCCACUCAGAUUUCCAGCCCGGCAUGCUGAAGAGGCCCCACAGCGGCAGCACCACACGUCCCAGCUCCCUCAGCGACUACAGCCGCUCGGAUGCCUCCAGCCCCACCCUCAGCCCCGCCCUCAGCCCAGCCAACUCGCCUUAAACUGAAACCCAGUCGCACUUUUCUGCCUCCAGACUGCGAGGUCUGUGUUUUCAUCGUAACACUUUUGUUGCACAGUUGUCAGCAACCUCCCCUUUGCUAUUCCUGCGCUUGCUGUGGUGUACCAUACUGUACAUAACUGCUUAUUGUAGUGCAAUUACUUGUGUGAUCUUAAAAGAAGGUAAUGCCUUUCCCAGAUGGCAAUAUCUACAUUCUGUACCACAUGUCUGUAUUUUUUUAGCUUCUGAUCAUGGCUAGUUGUUCAAUGUAUGUUCACAGUCAGGUAAACAAGGUUUAGAAGAGAAAAAACAGACACCCUGACAAGUCUUAUCAAAAUGUUUUGGGUUUUAUUUUUUUGUUUUUUAUUUUUUUUUUCUGAACGGGUUAGGAGUAAGGGGUACACACACACACACCUCAGGAUCGAAGACAAUUGCUAUUUCUGUAAUACCACAGUACUUAACAGUACUCACAUCGACUGCACAAUAUACUCAUCACUUUACUCUGAAAUUCAACAGGGGUUGAAUUUUAUGCCCUGCUCAGGGAUGGCCUUGUUAGCUUGAAAGAAUGAAGACGGUGAAGAGAGACAUACAGUACAUAUAUCGCAGCCUUACACUCAACACAAUUUGCACUCUUUGUUUUUCUUUUUUCGUUGGCUUUCACUUUCGAGGAAACAAGCCCUACAGUCAUCUGGUCAAUCACACACACGCAAAACUCAACUUCUGUUCUCUGUUAUGUUCAGUGGAUUCAUAUGUAAUGUGAUUGCUGUGUACAAAGUAAGAAAACAAUCAGUAGACCCCCAUCUCGGAAAACGAAAUCCAUCUGUUCCUCCACUGCAAUGUUAAUAUUACAUUACACUGGGAUAAAUGUGUACUGCAUUGAAUAGUUGUGUGCAGUGCAAACCGUGCGAAUCUGCACUGUGGGAGGAUUGGGACUUUAUUGGGUUAACAGUUUUUGUAAUUAUAAAGUGGGAGAAACUUUGAAAACCUUUAAAUAGAGACAGUUAAGUUUCAAAGCAGCUGUUCUUGCUUAAAUAAAAUCUGUCUCAUCAGCCCGUAUUUCACACGAAACGGACAAAAAGGGACGAAACAAGGUUCAUCCAUCUCUCAAGCACAUAGGAAAAAGUACCAAAGACGAGUGAAUGAAAGCUUUUUAUUCGGUCCUGUAAGCUGCCCUUCACUGAGGCCUGCUGGUUGGCAGUAUCACAGGUAGAGUCAGUCUCCUGCUCACUUCCCUCCUCCUGGCUCUGCCUUUUGUGGCUUCCCUGGAGGAAACAGCUGCACCCAAAAGAAGCUAUUCACAGCCUGCAGGAGGAGUGCUAACAUGCCAUUCCCGUGGAGUCUUUCCUCAUCUGGCUCUACCUGUCCUGUCAGGGAGCGGUGAAGCUCCGAGUCCUGCCAAAUAGCAUGAGGUUGCCUGACUUUGAGGGGGGGGGUCAAAUGUAGGCCAGAGUGUUAGGCAGUGCUGAGCAGAGCCGGGCCACAACAACAUGGAGCACAGAGCGAAACAAAGCAGCUAUCUGCAAUAAACAGGCAAGAGAGGGCAGGUCCUGAUAAAAGAGGAGAGGUUUAUCAUGAGCUAAACAGCACAAAGGAGGAGACAUCCAGUCGCAGACACCCCCCAUUUCCUCCCCCUUCCCCGACUCCCCUCCUCCCUCCAACGGUAGAAACAGCCGGCAAGAAAAAAAAAUGGCUGUAAUUAGUGGGUUGAUCCAAACUGUAGGAUAACAGUAGAAAGGGAAGCGUGCGAGCAACAGUCGCAUCUAGACAAUGCUAGCAGUGUGGGUGGGAUGCACCCGACUCCAUCCUAAGCACAGACAGAAGUCCUUUGCUACUUGCUGGAGAGUCAGAUUUCACAAUGCCAAGGAAAAAAAUUUGCUCCACGUUAAUAAACCUGAGCUUUCAAACAGCUGCUUUCAAACUUCUUUCUCUCAACGAGGGGGCUUUUGAACUGUUGUAAAAACAUGUGAACCAAAACGAACAUAUCAGCAAAGUGCAGUGCUCACCAGCCUCACGUCGUCCUGCCUGUGAAGCUCAGAUGUCCCGUGAGAAAGCUGACUUGUGUUUCUAGACAGACAUGCCUCAAUAAGUCAGGCAAAAGGCACAGUAAACCUUCCAUGGAAACGGGCACCACUGUCAAAACUGCUGCAGCCCCGCCAGUCUGUGUUAUGCCUACAUUUUCCUUUUAAUGCUUCAGCACCACAUUUUGGAAAUAGUGUCAUCCAUGUAGUUUGGUCCUGUCAGACCCCUCCGGACUGUUGUCGUCCUGAUUUGCAUGUGCUAGCUUCAUCCUAGCAACAGCUCCACCGGCUCUCAUCCUGCAGUCCCGUGCUUGACACUAUAUGCAUGUUAACUUCGCCCUGAAAGCGUAGAUGUUUUUUGAGGCGGUCUGGCAGGUGUAAGUUCAUGAAUGGCAGGCCUUGUCCCCCGUUCUCCACAGCAGUCAUCUCUCUUUAAAGUAGUGAUGAAUCAGCUCUGUCACAUUCUCCAGAAAGAAAACAUCCCUUAUUUAGAUCGAAUGCAGUAGUUUCCUCAAGACACCACAUUUAAAAAAAAAGAAAUGAAAAAAAAAAAAAAACAAUCCUUUGUAAGAUGUUAAAAUAGUUUCCAGGCUGCAAGAUGACACUUUGAAUGCCACUGAUCAGCAACUCUCAGUGACAGAAGAGCUGAGAGGGUUUUACAUUUACCAUUUCUUAAGAAAAAAGUAAUUCUUCAAUUUGCUGUUGAACAGCUUUUUUUUCUAUCCAUGACAUUUUUUGUUAUACUCAGUUUUUGACCUGGUUUGUAGUGUAACCUUCACUUACAAAAAAAAAAAAAGAAGAAAAAAAAACAAGUUUCUGAGUAGCUCACCCUCAAGCAAGUUUCAUUAAUCAGUUCUUGAUCCAUAAUCUGCACAUUUUCCUCAGGGUCAACAUCUGCCAAGCAGAUAAGGGACAGUUUGUGUAUUUUGUUAUAACAUCAGUUGCUGCACAGAUAUAUGUCUGCCAGCCUCCCCCGGUGUUCCUGGGUGCUUAGUGUUCACUGCUGGUCAGUGUCCGACCACACUGGAAACACAGGAACGCCUCAGUACGGGCCCAGAUCCUGCCUAUUGUGUCUUCAUACCAUCUCACAGUCCUACUAUCAACCACACUGGAGCUGUUUUCAGUGAAAUGCCCCUUUAAACACCAUUGACCCUUAAUGUCAGUGGACUCACAGAAGGCAAAAGGAAGCUCCUACCAUCUGUAAAUGAAGCGACUGUGUAAACAUCCCCAGUCUAUCCAUCCAUCCAGACUGCACCAGUGACAUGUAGGCGUCCACAGGCAGAGCGUCUCAAAACUUUUAUUCUCACUGUACCAAAUGUACUUGAAUAAUUCAACACAAAAGGCCAUUGAACACAGUUUUGUACAUGUCCAUUUUUACUGUACUUGCUUUUGUUGUCAAAUAAUUAUGAACCUCUCUGAAGAAAGGUGUACAGUCUGCUUUUUUCUUUGGUUUAUGUUUUUUUUUCUAGAUUUUCCAUUGUCUUCAGGUCAUUUCAGCAAUUCUUUUGAAUUUGAAAGCGUCGUUUUGGUUAAAACCAGAAUUUUAGCUCCAUUGAUGGGGUUCACUCCUUUAAUCAGGAACACUUAAUACUCUGUUGAUGUCAGGAUGCAGGCUAUUCCAGUUAGCCUGGUAUCCAAAAACUCCUCUAAGUCAGAAGAUGAAAGGAUGGUUUGGGGGUGGGUGAUGAUAAGAAUGGAAACUUCCUGACCUCUAUGUGUGUCAAUUUCAGAUUGCAUGACUAAUUUUCUUUAUUAUUUAGAUUCUUUUAAAGGUUUUCCAUAAGAAUAGAGACCACAGCAUUGUGAGUUAGCAAUGUAGUCAUAAUUUUUAUUACUGCUUUUUUUUGUCUCAUAUGAAAUGUUUAAGGUUGUAUAUUUUUCAGAAAUCAUACCUCUUGAAAUAUUUGGCUUUUGUUGUACCUUCAUAUCUUUUUGAAACAUCCAUCAUGUAGCUUACGUUUGCUUGAUGAGUAGCACAAAUAUUUGGUGGUUUUAUUUGUCCCUACUUGAAUGAGGAAGUUAAGAAAGAGAGACUGUUUUCUGUAAAAGACAAAACCUAAUCAAAACACUGGGCUACGUUUUGUAUAAUCAUCCCAUAUUGCCAGAUCCUGCACGUCCUUGUAGAUUAAAAAAAAAGAAAUAUUUCCAAGAAAUAUAAAAACCUUAUUUUUUAUUAUUCUAUGUUACAAAAAUACAAAAGACAUCCUUCCCCUGCUGAGCUCCCCAUUGUCUCGGUUUAAACAUUUUCUGUGUGAGGGAGGAUGUAAAUUACUAUGAAGCUUCAUUUCAGCAUUUUUUUCAUCCAAUUUUAUGACGAUAAUUCCAGUGUGAUUACAGAUUUCGAUAGCUGUCGGAGAAAAAGCAAAAAUGGAAAUGCAAGGUUCCUGCAAGAUACUAACAGUGUACAAGUUAAUAUUUUCUUCUAAUUGUACAAAAAAAAAUAUAAAAGUGAAUUGAUUGUUGCCUAGUAUGUAAACGACUAACAGUUUUAUUUAAGAAGUUCAUAUUAAUGACAUCAAUGUAUCACUGAUCAGACUGUCUCAAUGGAAAUCUCCAUCACUGAUUUCAACGUACACGCAUGAUCGAUGCAGUUGUGUGCCAAAUCUAGAAUGGUAACUUCAUAUAGAGGAUACAGACGUUGAGGGUAACAGACCUAGCUACUAUCAGACAUUAAACGAACUUGUACAGUUUUAUAAAGUGUGACAUGUCUUUAUGUUAUGUACAGGAUUUUAAUGAAGCAACUCCGCAUAUUUGAUAUGCGAGUGUUCUAAGUUAAGUACUUCUUUUCUGCUUUAUGUAAACAUUUUUUGAUUGUGUAGCUUUGUUUUUUUUUUCAUUUGGUUCUUAUUUAAUUUUUUUCUCUUCUGUUUUUUUGUUGUUCAAUGCUCAAUACAAGCAGUGUAUAAUAUGGCUUAUUGCAGGUAUUUUUUUGUUGACAUAAACGGUCUUAUUGAGAAUAGAAGCCCAACCAUUCCAAAGGAUUGAAAAUUGCAUUUGCUAUAAAUGUGCUGCUUACAUCGACCCAAUGCAUUUUUGUAGGUUAUGAAUAGAAGUCUGUCUUGACUGUGAGGUUUUUACACGUUGUGAAUUGUGCACAAGGUACGUUUCUCAUUGUCGCAGAUUCUUUAGGCUCUUUGUGUAGGCUAAACCCAAUUUGAACGGAUACCUGCUAUAUUUAAAAGUUAAAGACAUACAGAGCAUGUCUUCCCUCAUGACAAAAGGCCUGAGGCUUUUUAAGGUAGGGGUCAGCCAUAAAAGUAUACAGUGGUUUCUUGAUUGUUGUUACCAAAGGCUUUGAAGGGAAAGAUGAAUGUUGCAGUAAUUUUGAAUCCAACAAAGUUUGUACUGCUGGGUUCAAUCUUAUAUGCUGUAAGUUGUUGAUCAAUGGAUGUUGUGCUUGAUAUGGACCUUUUUCUACAUCUCCAGUAAGAAACUUUAUUGCUUUUACUUUUUAAAAAUAACUUGAAUGAACAAAAAACCCAUUUAAUCAUAGAAGCAGACAAAUUGCGAAAGAGUAGGACAGACUGAAAAGAGACUGGGCGGUAAGAAAACUCAGUGUGGCAGAGCAGCAGACCAAAUCUGUUGUUACCCCUCACUGACUGUGGAAUUGCUCCACUGCCUCAACGGACACUGUGUUGCAUUUGCUCCCCACCGCAGAAAGAUAGCAGUCUUUUACUCCAGCAUUGGUUAUGUUUGCCCUUAAAGGAUGAGUGUGUUCCAGGUUAUGCAGCGUACAGUGCUGUCAGUGACCUCACUUUGAUGACAAAGAGAGAGCCUCUCACCUGCCUUUUGGUUCUGUUACCUGUACCUGUUUGUCUUCAAUGUACCUCCUCAGUGUAAUGUUGCUCUCUUGAUACCUCCGUGUUUUUCCUCUGCCCCUCACCAUCAGUUGCCUGUUGUAGUGACUCCAUGGUGCUGCUUCCCCUCUUAGCACCAGUAUAAUCUAUUCUGUAAAUAACUCUCGACUCAGCUAUGGCCAGUACAUUCUCCAAUGACCUCACUCUUAACUUUCAGGUGUCAUUUUGUUUCUCCUCUCAGCAAACCAAAAUCACUACAUUCAAGUAUUACAGUUGUACAGUUUCUUGGAUUCUACACACAUUUAAUGUGCUGGUCUUAGCUGCUCUGCUGUACCUUUUUAUGGCAUUAUUUUUUACAUGUUAGACAAUAUAUUGUGACCAUGUCCUAUGCAAAUAUGAAAAAUAACAGAUUGUUGAAUAAUGUAUGUUGUCAUAACUUGUAUGCAUGAAAUAGUGAAGUUUACAUUUGGAAAUAAAUUCAUAAAAUAAGCAGCCACAA